GUAUAAUGUGGUGCAGCAUCAAAUGCUCACAAAUCGACAACUCUAGAUGCAUGCUUUUUCUUUGUGGAUAACCUUAUAGUUAUCGAUCAUCAUUCCGAUGAUGUUUAUUUGAUGUCCUUACACGAAGGAAAUACGACUAAGACACAAUGGCUGGAUGAUACCGAAAAGAAGCUUGUCAGCUUGAAAGGUUCUGCCACAAGAAAGUUAGAUGAACGGAUUUUGAAAGCUGCGGCAAACUCUCCGCAUGAAGCAGGAUUUCAUUCCGAGAAAUCCCGAGAGCAAUACCUUAGUGACAUUGAGAGAUGCCUGAAGUACAUUAAAGAUGGAGAAGGCUAUGAGCUCUGCCUCACAAAUCAGUUUAGAAAGUUCAUUGGGGAAGUAGAUCCUUUGAGACUUUAUCUUCAUCUUAGGGAGAGAAAUCCGGCUCCCUAUGCUUCAUGGCUAUAUUUUUCAAAGGAAAAAUUAUGCAUAUGCUCUUCUUCUCCCGAGAGGUUCUUACGACUAGAUAGAAAUGGUAUACUUGAAGCCAAACCGAUUAAGGGGACCGUUGCUCGUGGUGCAACAUCAGAAGAAGAUGAAUGGCUCAAGUUGCAGUUGCAGUACAGCGAAAAGGAUCAGGCUGAAAAUUUAAUGAUUGUCAAUCUUCUAAGGAAUGACCUGGGUCGUGUUUGUGAACCAGGCACCGUACAUGUGCCUCGUCUAAUGGAAGUGGAGUCUUAUGCAACUGUUCAUACUAUGGUGAGUACGACGGGGAAAAAGCAGUUGAAUGUUGGUGCUGUUGAUUGCGUCAAGGCAGCGUUUCGUGGUUCAAUGACAGGGGUUCCGAAGUUGAGAUCAAUGGAACUUUUAGAUUCCAUCGAGAGCUGCUCCCGAGGUAUAUACUCGGGCUCCAUUGGAUUUUUCGCCUAUAACCAAACUUUUUAUCUUAAUAUCGUGAUAAGAACAGUCGUCAUACACAAAGAUGAAGCAUCUAUAGGUGCAGGAGGGGCGAUCGUUGCAUUAUCUGAUCCGGAGACGGAGUAUGAGGAAAUGGUGUUGAAAACAUGUGCUCCGGCCAAUGCUGUGAGGAACAUUAAUGUCACUUAGUGUCGACGGAAUCAAAUACGAACAUUCUUUGAUGUUAGUUUUCGUUUCAGAUAUAUACCUUGGAACCU